AUGGUAUAUAAUUCUAUCGGACUUCCGAUCCCACCAGAAACACCUUCACCACCUCCAAGUGGUGAUACUGAUCAUCCACAAGUGGCGGGUUCUAAAGUCAAAUCAAGAGAUAAAUCAUCCGAUAGAAUGGAGAUUGAUAAGGAUGCGCAAGCAAUCCGCAAACAACUCGAGAAAGACGCACGAGAUAGGGAAAGAAAAGAAGCCGAGGCUAAAGCUGCGGAGCUAGUUCGUCAGCGUGAAGCAGCAAAAGAAGAGGAAGAAAGAAAAAGAAGACUUGCAGAAGUUGAAGCUAAAAAGGAAGUGGUUCGAAGGAAGAUUAAUGAGAUGGGUCUUCCUGGUAAAUCUGCUUCCCCAGGUCUUCCACUCACACCUAUAUCGUCUACUCCUGUGGUGGCGGCCAUUGCCAGAGCACCACCUUUGUCUCCACCAAAGCCGGAAGUGCCUAGAAUUCCUGGCUUAUUGCUCACACAGCUAGAUGGUUCUUAUUCGGAGUCUCGCCCUACUCCAGGAGUUGCGCCUUCACAGGGCGAUAUCAUCAUGAAAGAUUCACAUGAACCAGUGCCCGCCUCCGGACAAUCAACCGCAAUUGCUGCGGUAUCUAAUAUAUCUACUCCAACAAAAGCACCUUCUCCAGAACGGCCCUACAUUCAUCGUAGGAAGAGACCGGUUGCAUCUGAUAUGUAUUCAGAGCCUAUGCCGACAACUAAACGAAAGUUUGGUGACCAUAGGAACGUAGAGCUAAUUAUUGACAUAUCUGAUGACGAAGAGGAGGAGGAGGAGGAAGGCUCACUAAAUGGUUCAGGCACCUCUCGCUCAACGCCUUGCGGCACAGAUAAAAGAAGUGGGAAUAUUACCCCGCCACGUCUCCGCCCUAGUCAGACAACUCCUGUUGGGGGCUUUUCUAGCAAUGGCACUUCGAAGCUUGACUCGGCAAAAGCGCUUCAAGCUAAAGAGGAGCAGAUCAGAGCUCUCAAAGAAGCUAUUCAAAAGGCGCAGGAGAAGAAAAAGCUCAUUGCAAAAACCGGGCUAUCCACACCAACGUCAAUUGAGACUCCAAACACUGGAGCGGAACCAAGUGAACCAUCCCCUCUUACGCAAGUGCAGCAACAGCAGGUAUCCGAUGUAGCUAUGGCGGUCUCGUCGGCUCUUGAUAAUGUUAAGAGACAAGACGAAACCAAACGCAAAGUGGAAGUUGAAAGGCAAAAAAUGCUCAUUCAAGUCAAAGAGGCACACGCCAGGGCAAAGGCGGAAGCUAUCAGGCUCAAGGAAUUGCAGAAGAGGGAACAAAAGAAAAAAAUUGAUGCUCUCUUAACAGAAAUCGAGGAGCUUGAGAAGGCUGAGGCCGAAAAAAAGAGGAAAGAGGCUGAAGAAAUUGAAGCUGCGAAAAUCAGACAACGCGCGAGGGAAGAGAAGGAAAAGCAGCUGAAAGAAACCGAGAACGAAAGGCUGAAGAAGAUGCUGGCUAAAGAGAGGGUUUUACAAGAAUUAGCAAGAAUGCGACGAGAAGAGGAGGAUAUGGAAGCGAAGAAGGAGGCGUUAAGGGCGGAGUUAGCGGCCAUGGAGAAAGCGGCAGACAAGAAGGCAGAUGUUAAAGGAGAGUGCGAUGAAAUUACAACAAAGGCCAUUUCCAAGAAGAAAGAGGAAAUUGAGCAAUUGAAGAAGGCCAUGGAGGAAAUUGAAGUUGACCAUGCGACCUUGAAAGACGACCAGAAAUCAUCCCCACGUGAACAACUGCCACAACCAGGCGCCUUGGCGGACCGCCAACAAAAGGUAACGGAUGUAACGGAUGAUGUUGUGAUGGGGGAUGAUGUGGGCCUCGGAAUUAAAGGAGAUGGGAAGGUAAGUCAUGAGCAGGUUCAAGGACCAGGAAUGGAUAGAACCGAAGUCGUUAUCAGUCGUCCCUCGGUUGUGUCAUCGCCUGUGUCAACAAACACCUCAGAUGAUGCGAUGGAUGUCGACCAAAAGACGGUUGAGACCGAAAAGGUAAACAAAAAUGACACGAACGUCGAUGAUGUUGACAUGGACGCUAGCAGCGAUGAAGAUGAGGAUCAGGAAAAGAGCAAGGAGAUGAAUACAGACUCAAGCAGUGAAGCGGACGAAUCCUCAGACGAGGAAGAUGACAGCGACGAGGAUCAACCACAAGUAGCAUCAGCAGUCCAAGAAGAGAAAAAACCGAAACCUACCAUGCCAACCACAUAUCAGAUGAUGGACGACAUUCAAGAAAAACCGGCAAAUAGCAGUGCCGUAGACCUGGAGGAAGCUAAUCUACAAAUACCAGUGCCCGAGCAAAGAAAACAGGCCAAUGAGCUCGUGGACCCCGCCAAGAUCACUUCUACAACCGCUGCCGUGAGCGUUACCAAGAAACAGGGAGAUCAGAAGAUCCAAAGACAACCUGAACACGUCUUCACACCUUACAAGUCACCACUGACUAGCUUCAAAUCUUUUCGGUACCACCCGAACUUCCUCGCCUUUUGCCCAGGUGGUUACAGGAGCUUAACGUUUUCGAACCGCAUCGACCCUACAAAACCGCUUUGCAGGUGGGAACUUAGCGGUGGCAUCUGCAGUGACACCAGCUGCUUGGGGCAGCAUAAAAGGCAGAUUGAGAUGCCAGAUGAUGAAAUUCUUGUCGAACUUGCAUCUGUUGUUGAAGGCUCUACUGAGGAGGAGCGCAACAACUACAAUCGUGGUCUCAGGCAGACGAUUGCGUCUAUGCGUGAGCAGGGGAUCAAAGAUUUUGAGACUGUCGUGACUGGUAUUGCGUCUUACCGUAGACAGUUUCUUGGUGACGAUACAAGGGUAUUGAAAUUGCCCCCAUCUCAGCCUCCUCAAACAUCCCAGCAUCAACAUCACCAGCAGCGGGGCUCUUCUUCUUUCUCUUAUACGUGA